CUAUUGGCUACCGUAGCAUUUAGCCGGUUAAAGUUUCUCUGGGGGCGUGUCUUUUUUUGUAGUUUGACCAAUCAGAACAGGGAUCCUCCUAGGGCAGUGGCUGGUGGCGCCGUUUUCGAACAGAAUUCGUCUGAGGACCGAGCGAAUCAAGAAGAAAAAAAUGUCAUCCCUUUUGCAAAGUGGCAGGUGGAGAAACCAUAGUAUUCUGGAAAAUCUAGAUGAACUGGACAGUCCCAGGCCUGACAAAUUCAAGAAGAUGCCCUCAUCCAGUUCCCUAAACACGCUGCGCAUGACCCUUAGAAAACGGAUGCCUCUGAAAGAGGUGAAAACCAACAUCAACACCAUGCCAAACUGGGACAAUGUGCCUGCAAUGAAAAAGCAACGCUCUCUGCAGUCCAUGACUGUCACAGCUAAGAGUGUGUUUGGAGCAAUGACGCAGAAAAUAACAAAGACUAGGCAAACCAAAACUCCGUACUUACUGGCCUCUCCAGAGCAAGUCAAAGCCUCCAAGAGACAGAAUCGGACACCUGGAAGUGGUAAGAAGGGUAACACGCCAAGGAAAUCUAACACGCCAAAGAAACGUGGCACACCAAGACGUUCCCAUCACAGGCUGAGAGACGAUGCCAGCCCAAGCGUCCAGUUCACCCCAAAAUCCAGCAAGAUCUCUCCUCACAGUAGCAGGAGGCCAAGCAGUUCACAGUGGAAAAGCUUUUCCAACUUGGUGGGGAAAGACAAGUUGCCACUAAGGAGGUCUUCAAGAGCUGCAGCAUUAAGAAGCCCAUAUUCUUCCCCAGUUGCUGUCAUCACAAGGAGGCAAUUUGACAAAGACCUUGAAGCUAUCUCCACAGGAAUCCGGCAGCUCAAGCGCCUCUCUAGGGUCUUUGACGAUGCCAUUUUGAAGGAAGAAAGAAAAGAAGCCAUUUUGAACUAUCACAGUUUAAUGGCUAACAAUUUACGUUGCGCCGGUUUCUCUCGGCCGUCUUGGAGAAGAAGCACGAGGAGACUUCAGCACACUCUUGGAGGCUGGACAGAAAUGGCUUUAACCAGUAUCGGCAACAUUGGUGCCCGAUGAUUAUUUGCUUCUUGGUGAAUUUCUCUUGGGCUUUAUAUCCUGCCAAUUUUAUUCCGACUUCUGCUCACUGUGUACUAACGACCAUACUUAGUUUUGUAGCUUUUUCCAGGAAACAACAUUUUCUGUGUUAUCAUCUGGCUAUAUUAUUCCAAACCAUCGGUAAUGUGCAAUGCAUUAUACAUGUAAUUGCUUUCUCAUGCUCUCUAUAGUUUCUCAUAAUGCAAUCUUCAUUUUCAUCAACAACCUGUUCCUGUUAGAAGGAAACGCGAAUUUAGGCAAAAGUAGAACAAUGUGCAGUGCCACUUUGAGCCAUGGUCAUCAAUGGUUGCUUUGUGCUGUGACCUAUAUAAUAUUAUGGUUAUGCCAUUUUUAUGUAUCACCUUUCUAGAUAUAGACCUAUAUAAAUCAUGUAUUUUUUUUUUUUAACUAAACGCUCUUCCUGUACUAAAUGAAUAUAGCAAAUUAUGAGAUAGCCAACGACCUGUCCAAGUUAAACAAAAAGACACUGCAAGAACUUCCCUGUCUAUCACAAAAGGCAACAAAACACGUCACUUAGAAUUAAGAAUCUAAUUUGGCAAAAUCUUAACAUGUCUUGCUUUUGCAAUAGUGUUUCUACAUUUUGAACAGAGCCCUGUUUUAUCAGAUCCUUUACUGGAACUACAGAAUCCUUGUAGGCUUCUGAAUUUAGAAAAUUAGAUGAAAACAGUGGUUUAUUGGUAAACAUCACCUCAAACAUAGACCUCUGUAUCUUGGAUUGGACGGAAUGAGAAGACCUCUCCAUGUGUUCCUUGGGCUGAUACUACUUUUUGGAUGUUUGAAAAGACCUACAAUCAACCCCUCCUGCUUGUAUGGGGGAUGGGGGCAAUUUUGGGCAGUUUUUAGUAGAACAAAACUACUCUGGUGCCUUAAACUGUAUAGUUUUCUAUCCACAGUUUUAAAAGGAACAGUACCUAUUUACUAUCUUAAACCUCAAGUCACUAGAGGAAUUAACAAGCGGUAUAUCAAGGAAUUAGAGCUGGGUUUCCGGAUAACGGCACUAGAUCAGGGCAAUGUUGCAAGGUGAUAAAAAAAAUAAGAUUCUACUCUACUCUUCAGACAAAAAGCAAGUAAGCUUUGAAAUCUUUUCUAUGUAUAUGCCUGUUACAUUUGUCUUGUUAACACUAAUUAUGAAGGAAAAUGUUUGCACCUUUUUAUAUAAGCUAAUGCAUUUUAUGAAAUCUUUGUGAUUUUUAAAUGUGAUUAAAAUCUUUUAUAUACACUAUAAA